UGCAAAUGCCUAACAGUCAAGUACUCAUUGCCAAGUAUACAAUAUGGAGCUUAUUCUCAUUAAAAAAAGUGCGAAUGUGUCGAAACCUUUCUAUUUUGCAGUGUGUUUAUACAAUCUAAUAUUGUCUGACUGAAAGACACAACGAUGUUUGAGAAUCUGGAGUACUCUAUAUGCCAAAUGAUAUGCUAAGAGUUGCGCCAUUCUGACUCUAUUAGCUUAUUGAUUGGUAGUUUAAAAAGACUAUUUGGCAACUGAGCAUUUAUAAUUGGGAGAUGUAAAGAUUAUUUCAUAUUCAGCUAUUUUUAAUAGUUAUGAAUGCAUAUCGAACUUUAUAGUGUAACUCACUUUCUUAUCGCCACUGUACGAAUUGACAUUUGUAUUUGUGAUAAGAUGUUAUGACGGUUUCGUUUAAAGUAUUUAAGUAAGUAAUACGUGGCACACUAGCUACGAGAACGCUGGUCUGGCAACAGAUCAAACAUGAUUCUGAUUUUACGCAUUUGCCUCGCCACAGCUAGUUUUAGCUGCGUCUACUGUUUGACUUGCCUUCGUUGUACGGACAUAGAAAGUCCUCGCCACUGCAAACACGUGAUGGAAUGCCCAUCAGGGGAGGUAUGCCACAUGCACAUGACCACCAACAAAUAUGGCGAAGUGCUUUAUGACCUUGGUUGCACAGAGACAUCGACGUGUUAUAAUCGUUCCCAUGGCAACCAGUUAUGUGACGACUGCUGCAGUACUGACCUGUGCAACGCAGCCGGAUGUGGACAUACCGGCUUUCCAUCAGGUCGAGGUCCUAUAUGCUACAGCUGUUCCGCUCAGACCACCGAAGGGUCAUGUCACACCAUUGACUUUUGUGCCACCAACGAAAUGUGCAUGAUAAAUGAAGAGCGCGAGUUUGGUGACAGGGUGUACACAUCUAGAUGUGCUGUUAACGCGCAUUGCGAAAACCAAAAGACAGAGACUGCGGCCAUUAUUGGCAGGUCGGUAUCGCAACACAGCAGAUCUGUAACGGAAACAAUGUGCCACCAAUGUUGUCAUAGAGAUCUUUGCAACGCGCACUGUGUUCCUAUUACGAAAGCGGACUAUUGCGCAUCCACUCCAUGCGUGAAUGGAAGAUGUGACAACAGCAUGCCGGGUAAUACGUGUGUCUGUGAUCAAUUGUACACGGGACAGAACUGCUCCGAAGUGAACUAUCCAUGCGUGCAUGGAAGAUGUGUCAACGGCAUGACGGGUUAUACGUGUGUCUGCGACCCAUUGUACAAUGGACAAAUCUGCUCCGUUCCUCGUUUCCAUCGGUCAGGUUCUUUUCUGCCAAUCAACAGAGGACAAGAGGUCGUCCUGUGUAUGUCAUUUCUCGAGAACAGCUGGAACUCUUCAUUGAAGCUUGCUUUACAAGACGACAAAUGGCAGAUCUUCUACAUGUGUCUGACUCAUCGGUCAAGCGAAGGCUUAGAUCCUUUGGUUUAAAGCUGAGGCAGACAUACUCGGUGCUGUCAAAUGAUGCAUUAGAUGAUCUUGUACGAGAAGUGACUCAAGGGAACCCGUCCCUUGGUCAGAGAAUGGGUCAAGGCCUGCUGCAGAGCUGAUGACAUAGAGUUCCGAGGCAGAGAGUUGCUGACAGCCUCAUACGAGUUGAUGCCGCAGCAGUGGCUUUAAGAUGGUGUCAUUCCAUAAGACGUCGCGUCUACACGGUUGCAGCACCAAAUUCAUUGUGGCAUAUUGAUGGAAACCACAAGUUAAUCGGGUUAAAACAGCUAACGUUUAAUAACCAUUUCCCACUCAGAGGAAAAGAGAAAAUCACUUUGUGCAAACAGCAUAAAACCAGAACAGCCUGCGAGUAACUCGCAGACUGUUCAGGUUUUAUGCUGUUUGCUGCUCAUCAGUAUCUCAGGGUUGGAAAUGAAACCUUUAAAACUUGAAUGCAUUCAAAAGAUAUUUAAAUAAAUGUAACUUUCUAAAAGACUACAAAUGCGUCAAAAUACGUAUCUAAGUGAUAAAGGGUUAAAUGAGGCAUAGAUCAUAGAACGUAAUAUUAUUAUGUUUACCACUUAGCCACAAUCUGCUAAUAUGAAACACCUUAUACAGGUAUUACAAUUUUAUUUAGUUUUAACACUGUGUUCUACAUCUUGACAAGGCGGAGUCUAUGGCAAUCAAUUUGCUUAAGUGAAGGGAAAAUUUUGUAUUUAAUAUGGGAAAAAAAUAUAUAUAUUGCUGGGGGAAUGGGGUCUUAUUUCAGCUCAAAAAAGUCAGUCCUCCAUUAGAAAUAUUAAGUAUUGCAAUGUUAUUGUUAAGGAAAAUUUAAGAGUAAUAUUCUCAAGUUUUGUUCUCCAAACUUCCAACAAAGCAGGCUUGGAAGCAUCAAAACCUUCAUUUUUAGCUCGACUAUUAUAUAUGAAAUAUAUAUAGUGGAGCUAUCCUACUCACCCCGGCGUCGGCGUGAGCGUUAGCGUCUGCGUCCGCUUGCAAAUGUUAAAGUUUUCGAACUACCCCAAAUAUUUUCAUUAUCCCUUCACAUAUUGCUUUUAUAUUUUGCAUACUUCUUUACCAACAUGACCCCCAACCUAUAAACAAUAGCAGACAAAUCUAUCAAGCAUUUUGUCAUAAUUAUGGCCCCUUUUCCAUUUAGAAUAUGCAUCAAAUGUUAAAGUUUGCGUAUUACCCAAAAUAUUUCCUAUGUCCUUUGACAUAUUGCUUUUAUAUUUUGCAUACAAAUAAGAGCAGAUAACUGUAUCAAGCAUUAUGACAGAAUGUUUGCCCCUUUUAUACUUAGAUUGAUCAAUAAUUUGCGUACCACCUCAAAUAUUGUCUAUGUCCUUUGACAUAUUGCUUUCAUAUUUUGGAUACUUCUUUACCAACAUGAUCCCAAUCUAUAAACAAGAGCAGGCAACUGUAUCAAGCAUCUUGACAGAAUUAUGGCCCCUUUUAUACUUAAAUAAUUGAACAGGAGGAACAACUGAGUGUCUCAGAGGAGGACUAAGGAGUAGAUGAGGAAGCUCCUGUAGCCUCAGCAAAUGACGAUGAGCUACAGGUGUCCUCUGUUACAACACCCAUUGACCAUGAACAAAUGGCAGAACUAACUAAUAGAAUUAGACCCUUGGAUUCAGAGGAUGGUUUGGCUGUUGACUUGUUUGAACAGGCUGUGUCCUUUUGUUCCCAGGCAUUAAACAUAUAAUGACGUAUACUGAACAGUUCUAAGUGGUCAAUGGGUUGUAACAGAGGGCACCUCUGGCUCAUAGUCGUUUUCUAAGUUUCAGGAGCUUCCUCAUCUACUCAGUUGUUCCUCCUGAGGUUCAAAGAACGUCAUUCACCCUCUUGCCCUGUGUGGUUGAACAAGUUGUCAUCCCCCCCCCAGAGGGUUUGGGGAUUCAAACUUGCAAUCAUAUUCCCGCUUUCACACCUGUAAGCUAUCAUACACUUAGUGUUUGAUUGAUGUACCUUAUGUAUAUUGUUGAACAUAUGAACAACAGUAUGAAGUUUCCUCAAAGGACUAAUUUGUCGUACUUAUUUAGUAAAAAGUAAAUACAUGUUGAAUAUUAAAGUUUUGUAGCGUUUUAUUAAGGUUUAACUUUACAUAAUUUCUAAAAGAAUUAGUUGUUGUUUUUGCAUGGGAAUAUUUAAUUCCAAUGUGUAUACUCAAUUGAAAGUGAUAUGUUUGCAGAGAGAAAAAACCAGAUAACAAACACGAUUCAAAGUGUGACUUACUUAUCUGGUAGACAUUCACAAAUGGAUGUAAAUGAAAAUUCUGAAAAUGUGUUAUCUAUUCUGAUUUUAUCUGAAGAAUCAGGAAUAUUAGUAAACGUUAUGAAUGUAAUGUUUAAUAUUGUCAUCAAUUAACUUUUGAUAUCUGGAAUUUUAUAGCUCCUAGCUUUUGAUGUUUGAAAGUUUUCUGAAUAAAUGAUUUAGUUUUGUUAAGCAAUAUGUAUGUAAACGAGAUUUCAAAUUAUAGAUAUUAACCGUGUUAGCUUGAGUGUAGGACAUUAGCCCUCUUGGACAUUAGCCCCUAGGACAUAAGCCCCUCAGGACGCUAGCACCAUUAGCCCAUAGGACUUUUUGCCCUUUGUGCGUUAGCCCCUACCCAUUUUUAAAUAUUUCUUAGGUAUUAAAUGUUAUCUUUUUAAAAAUAAAAUGCAAUUAAAAGGUAGAAGAUGAUAAAAAUAUCACAUUUACAUAUCUUUUAUAAGAUUUUAAGUAACAGAGCACUUAAUUAAUAUGUAUAUAUAAUCAUGUUCUACUGUGAAAUUGUGUUAUUUUAAGAGUGAUUAAAACUUAAGAAAAAGUUAUUAAAGAUUUUAGCAACUUGAUAAACAACAAUAGUAUUACAUAAUCUGUACUAUAUGUGUUGCAUCAACUAAUUCAAGUACAUUAUGAGGUUAAUUGGUAUUACAGUUUACUAUUUUAUUAUUGGUGCCGAAUAUCCAAGGUUGAAAGUAUCUAUUGUCUUCACUGCCAAAUUGAGAGCAGAUGGCCGACUUAUGUAUAAUGUGUGAUCCUUGCGAUACUGUAAAUACAUGCUUUCUAUGUGUUUCUUUGUACUUGAAUUGUAUAUAUUUCAUGUUUUCUAUGUGUUUUAUAUGUGUUUCUGCAGAAACUGUAAUAUAUCUGAUGUAUGAGGUAUGUUUCUUGGUUUAUUACAGAAACCAUACGCAAACUAUGUUUGCAUGUUUGUUGGUUACUUUUACAUACAUUUUGUAAUACGGGAAAAUAAAGUAUGAUAUGAGGCCUUAAUGACGUUUUAAGUGUUAAGUCUAACCAGACUAUGCUAGCGUUUGCUAUUUACAACUGUAAUGUAUUUUAGUGAAAUACGAGCACAUUGCUCGAUGUACAUGCUUUUUGUAUUACGAUAAAUAGAUAUGACAUGUUGCCUUAAGCCCCUUUGUAUUAUUAUAGUUACAAGGCUCUAAUAGCGUUGCUCUGUACAACUAGUAUUUUAGUGACCUAAUUUGAAAUUGUUAAAUGCAGAAUUGAUUCUGAUGUUUAUGAUAAUAUCAUACCAUGUAACCGUUCUAUCAUAUGAAUAGAUAUGACAAAAACAUCCAUUAAGUCUUACUCGUUAAAGCAUAAGGUAGUUUAAGAUCUUACAAUAAAUGUAUUAUAACGUGUUAUUAUAACUCUAGUUUCCACAACAUUUGUCUUUCGGUAAGACAAAUAUACGACAAGUGGAUAUAUAGUGUUAAGUUUAGUCCAGAUGUUAGUGAUAGCAGUUGACAAUGAUAUAAGUCUUACAUUUUGGUUUCGGUAAGGCAUAUAUAUCUAUGGCACUCUUAAUGUUAUUCUAUAGAUGAUAAAAUACCAUCUGUGAUAGAUAUAUAAUUCAUACAAGCUGAAUGAUUACACUUUAUUAUCUCUUUGUCAUUAAAGAUUUCUCUGCGAUUGGUUGUUUUACUUGUUUUUCGUAAUAGUAAAAUCGAACUAAAUUAUAAACAUAUCUGGUAGAUGCACAUGUGAAGAGGCAGAUGUAAAGAAACCUUUAAUGCAGGAAAAAGUGGUGUAAUAUAGCAUAUUUAUGUUAAUGUGUGUAUAUGAGUACUAUUUUGUCAUUGUUUGUGAAAUCGUCGUGUAUGUUUCGAAUACAGCCUCAAAAUGCUUCUUUAAACAACACGCUAUCAUGGUUAUAUGAUGAUAUUUGAUAGCACGAAACAAAUCAGGAUAAAUAUAUGCUACAGUUUUAAAAGCCAAUUUCUAUGAUUUCUACAUUAUUAAUAAAAUAUCAUCCAGUGAUCGUUACAAGACUAAAGUAAAUAAAGGCAGCCUUACUACCCGAAUUUAUUGAUUAAAAUAAAACUUUAAGAUGAGAACAUAUUGUAUUAUAGUUGUAUUGUAUUAUAGUUUGAAAUACAUUGGCUAAAUGCUUAGAAUACGUUCAAUAAAUAUCUUGCAUGUAUGUUUUUGAAAUAUUGUUCUUAAAGCGAUCUUCUCCAAAUGUUGGAAACAUACAACUGCAACUUUUGUUAAAAUUUUGUAUUCUUGUAUACACUGUUCGCCAAUUCUUGUAUUGUAUAUAUGUCCUCGUGGGCUUAAAUGCCUUAUUGGAUUGACAUAAACUGUCUUGUCUUGUCUUGGUGUUUGUUGAAAAAUGAUUAUGCAUUUAACAUCAUUAUGCAUUCACACCUUUAUUAAUGGCUGUAUGUGUAAGCACAUGCAAUUACUUAUAAUCUAUUAAAAAAAGGCAUCAAAGAGUUUUUUGGGGGCAAUUAUUCAAGAUCAUACUACUAUUGCAAAAAAAUUAAAAACAGUAAAGAAAUUGUAAAAAACACAAAAAAUACGUGUUGUACAAGCUAUAUAUUGGAAUAUAUAUAUAUAAGACUUCAACAUUUUAUAAUAAUUGUAUGUAUUUACAUAUGAAAUAAAAAUGGAAUAAAAAUGCUUCCUUUAAAAUAAGUUAUAAACGUUUUAAAACACCUGGGGGCUAAUGUCCUAGUGCACACUUUUGAAGGGGCUAAUGUCCCAGAAGGCUAAUGUCCGUAACCCGUUAGUUUUCGGUCGCUUGUCUUUAGUACAAGGAUAUUGAUGGAGACAAUCGCAGAUUUCUGCAGUGUUUAAUCACAUACUUGUAUACAGAUUAAAAUACAUAGUAUGCAUUUUUAAAUUAUGUUGAGAAUAAACGUGUAUUACAUGUUAAA